AUGCUCAAACAAUCAAAUUUCGAUUCAAGUAAAGCAUCUUCGGAUGAUUCAACUUUUGAUUUACUAGUUAUUGGUGGUGGCGCUGUUGGCUCUGGUGUGGCUCUUGAUGCUGCCACAAGAGGUUUAAAAGUUGCCUUGGUUGAAAGAGAUGAUUUUUCUUCUGGAACUUCUUCUCGUUCUACAAAACUUGUUCACGGUGGUGUUCGAUAUCUCGAGAAAGCCUUCAGAAAACUUGAUUAUGGUCAAUUUAAACUAGUUAGGGAAGCUCUUCACGAACGUGCAACCUUCUUACACAUCGCACCUUACCUAAGUCAACAAUUGCCAAUAAUGUUACCGAUUUACAGGUGGUGGCAAAUUCCAUAUUAUUGGGCUGGUACAAAAGCCUACGAAUUAUUGUCUGGUAAAGAAGCUUUGGAAAGUAGUUAUUUCUUAACUCGUAGUAAAGCUCUCGAAGUUUUUCCAAUGUUAAAAAAAGAUAAAUUAGUAGGUGCUAUAGUUUUUUAUGAUGGUCAACAUAAUGAUGCUCGUAUGAAUGUGGCGGUUGCUUUAACUGCAGCUUAUUAUGGAGCUGCUGUUGCUAAUCAUGUCGAAGUUAUAAAGGUAUUAAAGGAUGAAUCGGGGACUGUGAAUGGCGCUCGUUUAAGAGAUAAUUUGACUGAUGAAGAAUGGGACGUAAAGGCCAAAGGAGUUAUAAGUGCUACUGGUGCAUUUGCAGAUGGUUUACGUUCAUUGGAUGAUCCUAAAACAGAAAAAAUAGUUGCACCCUCUUCUGGUACACAUAUAAUAUUACCAAAUUAUUAUAGUCCUCGAAACAUGGGUUUGCUAGAUCCUCUUACUUCGGACAAUAGAAUUAUUUUCUUAUUACCUUGGGAAGGUAAUGUCAUAGCCGGUACGACCGAUUCUCCUGCAGACGUAACUUUUGAGCCAUUGGCUAAAGAAGAAGAGAUUCAAUGGAUAUUGGAAGAAAUAAAAAGAUAUUUGAGUGCAGAUAUUAAAGUUCGUCGUGGUGAUGUGCUCGCAGCUUGGUCGGGUAUUAGGCCAUUGGUUCGUGAUCCUAACGCGAAAAAUACUUCCGAGUUAGUAAGAAGUCAUAUGAUUAAUGUCAGUGAUUCUAAAUUGAUUACUAUUGCUGGUGGAAAAUGGACUACGUAUCGUGCUAUGGCAGAGGACACUGUUGAUAAAGCUAUUGAAGUUUAUGGUUUGAAUCCUUUGAAUGGUUCACGUACAAAAGAUGUUAAACUUAUUGGUUCACAUGGUUAUUCCAGCACUAUGUUUAUAAAGUUGAUUCAACAAUUUGGUUUAGAAACUGAGGUUGCUCAGCAUUUAUCAAAUAGUUAUGGUGAUCGUGCUUGGGCUGUUGCAGCUUUAUCAGAACCUACUGGUAUACGUUGGCCCGUUUUUGGACAAAGAAUAAUAUCUGUCUAUCCUUAUAUAACUGCCGAAGUUCGUUACGCUGUUCGAAGAGAGUAUGCUUGUACCGUUGUGGACGUAAUUGCACGUCGUACACGUUUGGCCUUCCUUAAUGCACAAGCGACUCUAGAAGCACUUCCAAAAAUAGUCGAGAUAAUGAGUCAAGAAUUAAACUGGUCACCAAAAAAGCAAACGGAAGAGUUUGACAAAGCAGUAAAAUUCCUACAUACAAUGGGAUUACCACCAUCAAAAGACAAAUUGACCAUUGAAAAAGUUAAAAAUGAAUUCUCGAAACCAACAGCUCACGAAUCUAUUUAUUCGCGUAAUCAAUUCCAACCAGAAGAAUUGGUCAGCUUCCAAAAAAUAUUUUCGAAAUAUGAUGCUAACGGUAGUGGAAAAAUCGAUAUAAAAGAUUUGGAAAAGAUUAUUAAAAAUAUUUUUGGUGUAAAUUUAUCAACUACUUCGUCGAAGUCGCUGGUUUCAAGAGUUAAAAGGUUUGAAGAGGACAAGAAGAACAGCAAUGAGUUGAUUGAGUUUAGAGAGUUUUUGGAUUUUAUGGCAGCAAUUAAAGAAGAGAUGCAGAGUAAAGAUUUACGUUUGAAAUCUGAUAAAAAAUUUGAACAAACAAGAAUUCCUAUAGAAAGAUCAUCUGGCGGUGUAUAA